GCCGCGGAAGGCUCCGCACUUUUUUGUAUCCUAACCUUCCGUUACCGAGGUCCCAAGGUCCGACGCGCUACCACUGCUGCCAUCUGAGCUGCGCUUUGCCGUGACCGUUGCACAACAAGACAUCGUACCAACCGGACUCUUUUUGGUUUCUUCUUCCUCGUGUGACAUAUAGGUUCGAGAUUCGUGCAACCUCCGAUAUCUUUGUGCAGCCAACGGAUCCACCAAACCUCCAUCGUCAGGGUACCCAAACAAUCAGAAUCUAUCGCCUUAAUCUCGUGGAAACAGGUCCCACACGUCAUCAUCUCGAACCACCUGUGAUACCUUGUUCAUUGUCUCUGUCCCGUCCCUCAUCACCCACAUCUAGUCCCUGCAAACAUGCCUAUUCCCGAGUCCGAGUACUUGAGUCCGGUUUGGAAGGACGGCAUCUUUAACAACAGAGUCGCCUUUGUCACCGGCGGCGCUGGAAGCAUUUGCAGUGCUCAAACUCGUGCUCUUGUCCGUCUCGGAGCAAAUGCCUGCAUCAUCGGCCGCAAUGUCGAAAAGACAGAGUCCAUGGCCAAGGACAUAGCCACCGCUAGGCCUGGUGCAAAGGUCAUCGGUAUCGGCGGUUGUGAUGUGAGAAAUCCCCAGAGCCUGCAAGACGCCGCAGAUCGAUGCGCCAAGGAGCUCGGCGGCAUCGACUUUGUCAUUGCGGGAGCUGCUGGCAACUUCAUCGCACCCUUGUCCGGCAUGAGCCCCAACGCGUUCAAGGCGGUCAUCGAUAUUGAUGUCUUGGGCACUUUCAACACUCUGAAGGCUACCAUUCCCUACCUGGUAGAGUCGGCAAAGAACAACCCUACGCCCAGCCAAAACGGACUGACUGGAGGCCGCAUCAUUUUCGUCUCUGCCACAUUCCACUGGACAGGUAUGCCGCUGCAAGCACAUGUCUCAGCCGCCAAAGCGGCCGUCGAUGCUCUCAUGGCCUCGGUUACGUUGGAGUACGGUCCGUUCGGAGUCACGAGCAAUGUAAUUGCCCCCGGGCCGAUCAAGGAUACGGAGGGCAUGCAACGGCUGUCCAGCAGCAAGCAAGACCAGGCCAAGGCCGACGCGGUGGUGCCGCAGGGUCGGUGGGGCGUGAUCCGGGACAUUGCCGAUUCCACCGUUUAUCUCUUCAGCGACGCCGGCAGCUUCGUCAACGGUCAAGCAAUUCCUGUUGACGGCGGUGCCUGGAGACGCCAGGGUGCGCUAGCAGUUGGAACAGAUGAAGACAUGAGAUACCCGGAUUUCCUCUUGAAGGGAGAAAUCUCGAAGCACGUGAAGAGCGGCCGAAAGACAGAGUCGAAGUUGUAGCUGGCACCGACAAAUCGGCCGUGGUGGGGUCGGAAGGAUCACCUCCAGCAAGUCCGCGGACAAAGAAAAUCCAACGACCGGGGGUGGAGAGAAUGGUGAUUGUAAGUUGACAUCGCAAGGGCGUGGUUGUUGACCCGCUCAGAGCUUGUUAGAUAUUCGAAGAACCGCAGGAAACGGCACUGUAUUGAACCAACCAACAGUCGUUUUCAGAAAUAACCAUGAUCUUUUGGCAUUUUGUACAAUCCUACCUUACGUUAUAUCAAAUCAGACCCUUCAAUCCUUAAGCAAAGCGGCUAUCGGCACCACAAUUCUACUCAGCCACAUCAGGCUAGACACCUAUCUCCC